GCUUUUCAGUCACACAUAUCAGCUUAACAGUGUUUGACACAUAGCACAGCUCAGAUUAUCCCAGGGAGGCAAUCUAGGCUGAGCUGAAACCUUACUCCAAUGGACUGCAACAACUCCAGAGGAAACCUUUGCUCUAGACCACUGCUGCCUCCUGGUUUGCUUCCUCCGGUGCCCCCUCCACCUCUUUCAUCUUCAUCAGCCAUGCCAGUGCCACCAUCAAUACCAAUGCCUGCCUCAUUCCUCAGACCCCCAACUCUUCUCUUUCGAGCUGCAGCUGCAGCUGCUGCAGCAGCCUGUGCUCCCAGGAUGACGUUAGACAGAGGAACAGGUGGAACAGCCAUGUACCCACGAACACCAAAAUGCGCACGGUGCCGCAAUCAUGGAGUGGUAUCAGCACUUAAAGGGCACAAACGUUUUUGCCGCUGGAGGGACUGUGCAUGUGCCAAAUGCACCUUAAUAGCAGAGCGUCAACGAGUCAUGGCUGCACAGGUGGCACUCAGAAGACAACAAGCCCAAGAAGAAUGUGAAACCCGGGGUGUGCAACAUUUCAUGUACACAGGACCAGGAACAAAUGGAGGAGAGACCAUAGGACACAAACUACAGACUGCACAAGUCCCCAGUCAGCUGGAAAAUAAAGGAUCUGAUGAAUCAAAAGAAAAACAUGAUCACCUCUAUGGAAGAUUAUUAAGCUCAUCCAUGCUUUCUCAAGGUUUGACACAAACAUCUCUAGCAGAACAAGUGAAUGCAUGCCAAACUCUAAAGGCUUCGGAUCUGGAGACUUCAAAUAAAGAAAAUUCCAUUCGAUCGCCUAUUUCUGAGGGAAGAUCAGAAGGUGCUGACAGUCCAAGAUCUCUGUCUUCUUCUGACCAGGAAUCAGGUAAUGAAAAUGAGUGGACCAAAGACCAUUGUGCCUCUAAUAUUAGCAUCCCUGUUGUGUCUAUGAAGCACAGAGAUCCCCUGGAGAUUCUUAACAAAGUUUUUCCAAACCAUAAACAGAGCAUAUUAGAAAACAUCCUACAUUUCUGUAAGGGAGAUGUUGUUCAAGCCAUAGAGAUGGUUUUAAAUGGAAAGGAACAAGUUGUGAAGGAAAAUGAAACUCCAUCAGGAUCAGAUGUCAACACCUUUACAAAAGAUGCUACAAUCAAUAUUACUGGCUUAGGUUUUGGUGCUUUUGGCUCUAAAUCUGCCUUUUCCCCUUUGUAUCCUAAUCCAUCAGCUGCUGGAAGUGAAACAAAUAUCUUUCAUUCUAGACUUGGCCUAAAUCCAUUACACUUUACUUAUUCCACAACUAACAGAGGACUUCCUGGGUUUAUAUCCCCUUAUAGCUUUGUUCCAUCUUUUACUUUUCACCCUGGGAUGGAUUACACAUUCCCUGGAAUGUUAAGGGAUGCACCUUUAUGCCAGCGCAAAGAUGCCAUGAAUAUCUCUGGACUUUAUUCUAGAUUGAACCAAGAACAUCACUAGUAUUCCUUUUAUUCGAAACAACCAAGUUGCCUUAUCUUAGUAAAUACAUCGAUUUUUUCAGAACUGUGUAGAAUGAAUGUGCAUUCCUUAUGUUUCUAUCGUGUUUGUUUUUUCAUCUAGAAGACUUUAUUUCUUAAAGUAACAAUAUAUUAUUUUGUCAAAUAAAUAAAAGCUGGUACAUUUAACUGAUUUUUUGUUUAUGUUAUCUUUGUUAUACUGCCCACAUAUUCAGAAAUUAUAUGUGUUAAGGUAUUUGAGUUGAUUACCUAAAUGAGUAGAGAAUUAUUAUUUAGGAAUAAGACACCGGGGUUGAUUUACUAAAACUGGAGAGUGCAAAAUCUGGUGCAGCUGUGCAUGGGA